UCAGACUGUCGCGUUCCUUACGUCACACGUUCAAUGAGAUGCACCUGUAACUGUGAAGGGAACAUGUUUGGAUGGCAAAAUAAAUGACAAAAACUCAGAUCUUGCUUCAGCAAAGUGAAACAAAAAAAAAUGACAUGUCGUAUUUUGAGGGGUUACAUUAGACAGAAAAAAAGUAACAGAAAAAAAUGACUUAAUCUCCUUUUCCCGAGAAGUCUCGGCUGCAAUGGCGUCUGCAGCUUGAUUGCGAUCACCUGUGCGCAGAGCGCGAGUCGGAGCGGGGCCAGACGUUGUGACUUCUCUUCCUCUCAACACAUCCGUGAUAUCAUGUUCCCGGAGUGCAUCGCCAUCAGCGGACAGCAGUAGCUUGCAUCAUGCUGACCAACACGGGCCCCGUGGGCAAACUGUACUUGUCCAUAAUCGAUGAUGUGAUUGAGAGCAUGAGGGAGCUCUUCACGGACGAAGGGCUGGAGGAUCGCGUAUUGGACGACCUGAGACACAUCUGGGAGUCAAAGAUGAUGCAGUCAAAAGCAAUGGAAGACUACAGGAAAAAUAACAUCAACUCCUCCAACUUUGUACUGCAGCUCCCUGCCAACUACAAUCGGACCAAUCAAGAACUCACAGCCUCUGUUGUGAUCCCCGCAAGUCAGAAUAUUCGCAGUUUCCCCAUGAAGAACAAUUCGGGGAUACUUCCUACCUUCUCUCUCCCGGCUGGGCUAUCUUACCCUGUUCAGAUACCAGCUGGAGUCACUCUACAAACAGCUUCUGGUCAACUUUACAAGGUCAAUGUUCCCGUUGUGGUCACUCAGGCCCCAGCAGGACAGCCCCCUGUAUCCCGACCCGCACAGGUCAUCGAGCGCAGAGAAGCUCCCAACCCUCCACCACAUGCCUCUCGUCCUCCUCCUCGGGAGGCGGAGCCACUCUCCGUCCCGGCUGCUUCUGACAAGCAGCCGCCACACACGCAGACCAGUUGCCCACCCGCUAAGGAAAGCGCCCUCCCCCAGCAGCCGCUGGCUCCCCCUGCUGAGACCUCGCGGCCCCCGGGGGCCCGUUCCCCACAGCCAGAGGUCCCGCCGGGAGAAAGUGAACCAACGCCACCGCCCGAACCUGUGAACCUCAGCAUGAGCGCCUCCCCCUGCAGUCAGUUAUUGGACCAAAUCAGCACCGAGGAGGCGUUGACACAAACGGGACAGUUGAGGACGAGCGACAUCGAUGACAUCCUGAAAGAAGUGAUCGAGGAGGAGAGGGGCAAAGCAGAAAUGGCCAGGAAGACUGUCAACCAUUCCGAGGCUGAUCUUGGGCUGGACCUGGACUACAACUACAGUGAACUGUCCGACAUCGUUCAGCUGGAUGGUGCUGCAGGCAACUCUGACAUGGAAGAGGAAGAGGCCGUUUCCCUGGAAGACAACGACUUCCUGGGUAUAAUAAACGCGGAGGCCAUAAAGGCCCUGCAGGAAGGAGGCGGAAGCAGUGACUGCAACAGCAUCUCCUCCAGCAGCGACGACGAGGCAGCAGAUGAACUCACUAACGUAGAGGAUGAGGACCCUUUAAACUCUGGUGAUGAUGUGGUCGAGCAGGACAUCCCAGAUCUCUUUGACACUGACAACGUCAUUGUUUGCCAGUACGACAAAAUUCACCGAAGCAAGAACCGCUGGAAGUUUCAUUUGAAGGAUGGAGUGAUGUGUUACGGAGGCAGGGACUACAUCUUCUCUAAAGCUGUUGGGGAAGCCGAGUGGUGAUGCGCUUUAGUUCCCUUGAGCACAUCAGAUAAUCAUGUAGAGACUGAUUUUAAAAGGGAAAGAUAAUUAGGGGGAUUUAUACCUCUAGGUUGUAUCCUUUGGGCAAAACACCUGCAUUUGGUGUGAGACCUCUGUGCAAGAUCUCUGAUACUUUUGGGUUUUUUAUUAUGUAAUUAUCAGGGCAAUUCUGCAAGUCAUUUACAACGGUGCAAGCAUCUCCUAACCGCGUUGCUCGUGAAUCCAGACUACUGAGAAAAACAGCAUCAAUUUGUUUUAUAAUAUUUUGCUGAAAAAGUUUUCUUUACUCGUGGAUCGGAACAUAAUUUGAUCUAGAAUGUUUCUUUUGUCAUGAUGGGGCUGCUUUGAGGGUACCUAAUGUGCUGUUUGGUAAACUUUGUAAUGGUUUGUCUUUAUUCAUGCUUCAAAUACACUCAGUUGUACUGUGUUCAAUGAACCUGUUU